ACUCUCCACUUUGCCCGCAAAGGCAGACAGUUAGGUUGGUCAUCAGCUUUCGUGAUCUACCUCAACAGCUGUGUCUCUAAACUUGCAGCCCCCCUCAGUUAGAGAGCAGAUCGGAGCGAGCGGGACGGAGCAGUUUGGCCCUGUUCAUUUGGAAACACAGGCACACCCUCAAAACAUAGACAGAGAGACAACACGACAGAAGCUUGCUGCUGUCAAAGUGAAGUGGAAAGGGUUGUCGAAUGUGUAGACGACAAAAGAUCGGUUUACAUUUUUCGCUAGACUGAACGUUUGAGCACCUCGAGGCAUGGAAAAGCGCGCAAAGAUAAAUAUUGCCAUUUUUGUGCUGCUGGUGGGCAUGGCCUGCAUGUUCACGGCUGUGGUGACGGACUACUGGGCUGUGCUCAGCCCUACGGUGAAGAAGAUCAACGCGACGUGCGAGGCGGCCCAUUUUGGCCUCUGGAGACUGUGUAAGAAGCAAAUCUACAUCAGCGCUGACGAGUACGAGGAGAAGCAUGGCUGCGGACCCAUCACCCUGCCGGGAGAUGAAAACUGCACUUACUUCGGCCACUUUACACCUGGACAGGACACUGAGAUUUUCGAACACAAAACGCAGAAAGAGUACAACAUCUCCGCUGCGGCCAUCUCCAUCUUUGGUGUGGCCUUCAUGAUCUUGGGGUCACUUUGUUUGAUCGGCUCAUGCACGGGUAAAGGAAAAGGAAGAUUAUACCUCCUCAAGCCUUCCGGAAUGUUUUUUGCCUUUUCAGGUCUGUGUUCGUUCAUUUCACUGGAGGUGAUGCGGCAGUCGGUCAAACGCAUGAUCGAGAGUGAGGACACCAUCUGGAUCCAGUACUAUUACAGCUGGUCCUUCGGUUGCGCUUGCGCCGGCUUCGUCCUGCUCUUUCUCACCGGCAUUGCCCUCCUCAUCCUGUCCAUGCCACAAAUGCCCAGGAACCCUUGGGAGACCUGCAUGGAUGCCGAACCCGAGCAAGUGGAGUGACAAGCCGACCCAUUAUUUCGGAGUGAGGAGAACAACAGUUGCAAGGACCGUAGCCGUGAUGGGAAGUUUACCUCUCAACCAUUAAACAGUUAGAAUGUAGGUCUUUUGUAUCAUUUCUAAAAUUGGUACGAGAAAUAUAAAUUGAACAUGUCAUCUCCUGAACCCCCUUGUUGACAAGUAGGAAGACAGACUGGGCUAUACGGUUUAUUGCAAUUUUACAUGAAAGCCCGCACAAUGAAAUGUGUUCCCUGUUGUCAGAAUUUUUGAUACUCUUGAGUUUUUAUUAGUGUGUGCAAGCGUACCUCAGUCACGUGUUUGCCGACUUAAUGAGGUCACAUUCAAUUUAACCCCCCCCCCCCCGCCUCCCAAUGACUUGUCAUCAAAGAGUUUCAUAAUGUGACCAUGGUUUGAUUUGUUAAGAAUUAUACAGUGCAUGAAGAUAUAUUGUACAUAUUUGAUGUUCCUCUUCUCAUUUAUUUUUGGGGUAUUUCACAAGUCAUUGUACAACUAAAAACAAAGACAAUCAAAUAUCUGGUCUUUGCAGUUCAUUCAAUUAAACAUAAAUUGAAUAUGGUUUUAUCUUUGUUUUCUGUUUAACACGGUGUCCCACCUUCAUUGUAAAUGAGUUUGUUAUUUUGUGAUUUUUUUUUUCUUUUUGUGUGCAAAACUAAUUCAAUUUGAACGAUACAUGCAUUUUGGUACCAUCAGAUUCUUUUUUUUUUUUAAUACAGUAGUUACAUACACAUACAUUUUGGUAGCUUUUCCUAGGUGUUAUUCAUAGUAAGGUUGAACUUUGAAAUGCUGCAUAUUUUGUUUGUGUCCCUUUUUAAUGCAAAAUAAAUAUGCUUGGGAAAACUA